AUGCCUAGUUUGAUCAGUGUUGUCGGGGAUGAGUUGCUUUCUGAGAUAGACGAGCACUUUAGGGUCCUUGGUACUUAUUUGGAGGUCGGUGGACUCAGGACUCGUGAGGUUUUUUCAAGGAUUUUGAUGCUUGUGGAUCUCCUCGUUUCAUUAGGAGUAGGGAUCCGAUCAUUAUCUCGCGUCGAAUUGCUGAUGUGGAGAGUGCCAUUCAUACCAAGUUUUGUCCGGCCGAGGCAAAUGUCAAAUUUCCAGAGUGUCUUUUGCACAAUACAGCUAGGGAUUGGAGGCGCGAGAUCACCAUCUUCGUUAACAAAUCUGGUUCCUGACGCCACCAUCGAUCACCACCUUCAUUCACAAAUUUGGUUCCUAGCACCACCUCCGGUCACCAUCUCCGUCCAUAGAUUUAGUGCCAGGCAGUAG